GCGGCGGUGGCGGUGGUGGUGCUGGCGGUGGUUGCUCAGUAAGGUGUUGGUUACCGAGGUGAAUAGACCGUCGCCGCCGUACAUCAAGCCCAGUCAGUCAUGCGGCAGCUCCCCCACGACGCCCCCGGCCCCCAGCUGCCGCCCAGAAUGAACUUCAACAAGGCCCCAGCGCCGCCCCCCGCGGAGGAGAUUACCAAAGAGAUUCGCAAAUUAAACCUUGAUGACAAAUCCGCCACUAGCACCGACCCCAAACAACAGCAACAGCAACAGCAGCCAGCGACGAUGCCUCUACCACAGGAGUUCGUUGUCAAAUACCUGGGCCACCGGGACGCCGGGGGCCUGUGGGGCAUCAAGCACACGAGGAAGCCGGUGGACGAGAUGGUGGGGCGCGCCAAGGAGAUGAAGGCCGGUGAGACGCUGCCCUUCCUCAAGAUGACAGUGAGCGAGAAGGGUGUGAACAUCGCCGAGAUGCCCCAGAACGUUAACAAGAACUUCGAGAGCGGUUUCUACAACAUUGACGUCAUCAGCUACGGCGUGCAGGACCUGGUGUACACGCGGGUGUUCGCCAUGAUCGUGGUGCGGGAGGACGCGGCCAGCCUGAGAACGCACCACCCCUUCCAGUGCCACGCCUUCGUCUGUGACUCCCGCCAGAACGCCCGCAAACUCACUUUCGCCCUCGCCCAGGCCUUCCAGCAGUUCUCAAAAGAGGUGAAAAGCAACAAAGCCAACAAGAAACCCAAGAAGUUCGCCAUCGAUCUCCGUUCACCUGAGGAGAUUGAGGUCGACCUGAAGGAAGCUGAUUCCGAAGCAUAAAUAGGACUGGAUUCCUCUUCAAACCUUUCGUCAAUCCUCCCAAGAGACUAGUGGAAGUUACCUAGGUUUUCAAAGGGUGUGUGGAAGAUUUACCAAGGAUUCAACAACAAAAGGCACUCAUGAGAACACGACUACAGUGAAUCCAGUCUUACUUUCGUGAUGUUACACUGGUUUAUGCAUCGUCAACAGGAAGAAAAACCCUUAUGACAAUUCGAUUAAUGAUUCCGGUUAAGAGAGAGAGAGAAAGUAAGAGAAGAAAGAAAUGUGGAAGAAUACAGGACAAAAUAGAGAGAGACAGAGAGAGAAGGGAUAAAUGUGGAAGAUUACAGGCCAAAAAAAUAGAAAGACAGAGAGAGAAAGAAUAAAAGAGAGAGAUACAGAGAGAGAAGAAAUAUAUGUGGAAGAAUACAGGGCAAAAUAUAGAGAGAGAGACAGAGAGAAAGAAUAAAUGUGGAAGAAUAAAGGCCAAAAGAGAGACAGAGAGGAGAAUAAAAAAAAGAGAGAUACAGAGAGAGAAGGAAUAGAUGUGGAAGAAUACAGGCCAAAAGAGAGACGUGCAGCGAGAGAAAACGGAGAGAAGAGAAAACAGAUUAAAAAAAAAAAAAAAAAGAUCAAGAGGAAAAAGUGACCUAGAGACAGA